CCCCACACCCACACCCUGAUGGUGAGCCGUGCAAGUUAUACACCAUUCGAUAGAGCUUGAAAUUUUGCAUCGGAUGGUAUAUGUUUCGUCGAUGGCUUAAGUAUCUGAACGAAUUGUCAGAGGAAUUAAUGGGUAGAAAUUUCAACUUUUUCCAGUUUCUCAAGGUUUUUGGGGCGAAAACCCCCUAUGACUGAUGGGGAGCCGUGCAAGUUGUACACCACUCGAUAGAGCUUGAAAUUCUGCAUCGAGUGGUAUAGGUUUUGGGGAUGGCUUAAGUACCUGAACGAAUCGUUAGAGGAAUUAAUGGGUAGAAAUUCCAACUUUUUCCAGUUUCUCAAGGUUUUCGGGUUGGAAACCCUCUAUGACUGAUGGUGAGCCGUGCAAGCUGUACAUCAUUUGAUAGAACUUGAAAUUCUGCAUCGAAUGGUAUAUGUUUCGUCGAUGGCUUAAGUACCAGAAUGAAUCGUGAGAGGAGUUAAUUGGUAGAGAUUCGAAAUAUUCCGGAUUUCGGUGGUUUUUAGGGUCAAAACCCUCUAUGAUUGAUGGUGAGGCAUGCAAGUCUUACACCAUUCGAUAGAGCGUAAAAUUCUGCAUCGAAUGGUAUGGUUUUCAAAAGUGGCUUAAGUUUCUGUGCGAAUCGUCAAAGGGAAUACUUUCGAAAACCGUGUUUUGAGACUUUCGAAGAACCCAGUCAAUUAUAGGAGAGUGUUAUCGAAAUGAUUUACAUGCCAUUGGAUAGAGCAUGAGAUUCUGAGUUAAUUGACGUAUGAGUCAUGUGUGGCUUAAUCACUCAGGCGAAUCGUCAUGGUUUUUACGAAAAAUGGUCGUUUUUGCUUAUUUUUGCCUAUGGGUGUUUUUGAUUUUUUUGGGUUUUGUGGCCUUCUGGUGGGAGUUUCCAAGGAUCUGAUGACACCAUUAGAUAGAGCUCGUCGAGUUCUAGGUGGCUUACUAGUUUUCUUUUGUGGCUUAGUUACUCAGGCGAAUCGUCAUGGAAAAUACUCGAAUCGGCUGCUAACUUUCCUUACAUAGAAAUUGAUUGUUAUAUUUUAAAUACUCGAUAUGAAUAUCUUGAAGAACAAUUUCAAGAAUAUAAACAAUCAGAAAAGAAAAAUUGAAAUGUGUUCUUUAUAAAUGGAUUUAGAACGUAUUAAACAAUAAUUAAUUGAUAAAACACAAGAAAAACUUGAUCUUUUAUUAAAAAAUCAACUAUUUGUUUAUUUAGUUAUUUAUUAGUAGUUUAUUUUAUACUUUUUUCUUUUUGGAUGGAUUCAGGAGCUGAAACUGAAGGUCAAUUUAUUUUAUCUUUACGAUAUUCACCAAUUUAUGAUAUUAUAAAUUUGUUAAACUAA